UAACUUUGCUUUUUGGCGCUCUUCUUCUGUUCUUCACUUCUUUUUUUUUCCUUGAAAUCUUUUGCCAUUUUUACAUUCCACUAGCAACUAAUUUGGUAACCGUUACUUUGCGCGUUAAAGCCGGACGAGUUAACAAAUUUCAGAAGAAAACAACAUUGCUUCCCGCGUUUUCCAUCCACCCUUUCCGCAUUUCUCUCUCUUAAUCUCUUCUCUUAUCUGUUACUUACUUAAGCGUGCAAGCCAUUCUCACUUUUAUCAGACAUUUUUCUUCCUUUUUCUGUCAUUAAUUGCCCCCUCUUUAACGAAUUCUGAAAACCCCAUUUCGUUGCUUCUAUCUCUGGGUUUCAUCAACCCUUCAAUUAUCUCACUGGAUCUUCUCUUAUAUGCAAUUAAUUGAAAAGGGUUUUGUUCAUCGGCUUUAAGAAGAAGAAGAUCUAAGAAAUUGCAGGAGAUUAGCUUAUCGAACUUGGGUUAAGUGAGCAUGGGUGGACAAUUAAGCAAAAAGCCUGGUGAAUCAUCACCGGUGGAGUACAAGGCUGGAUUAAGUUCUUAUGAAGCUGCUUGUAGACUUGAUCCAGAUUUGCAAUCUUUUGACGAGACAUUGCAGCAUCGAACGAGUCAGGUUAUAAAUACUCUUGCUACCGCUGUUGAGGUUAGAGCUCUUUCUUUGGAUUCACUAAAAGAAGUUACUGGUUGUUUACUCGAAAUGAAUGAAGAAGUAGUAAGGAUCAUUUUAGAUUGUAAACAGGAUAUAUGGAAAAAUCAAGAACUUUUUGAACUUGUUGAAGAGUACUUUGAAAACAGUUUACAAACUUUAGAUUUCUGUACUGCACUCGAGAAAUGUUUGAAGAAAGCCCGUGACAGUCAAUUGCUUAUUCACGUCGCGCUACAACAAUUUGAAGAGGAAGAUGGAGGGCUGGAAAAGAAGAAGUAUGUUAGGACAAUGGAAGAGUUGAAGAAUUUCAAAGCAGCUGGGGAUCCAUUUACCGAAGAGUUUUUUCAGAUACUUGGAUCGGUUUAUAAGCAUCAGAUAGUGAUGUUAGAUAAACUACAAGCCCAAAAGAGCAAACUCGAUAAGAAAUUGAAGUCAGUUAAGGCUUGGAGGAAAGUCUCGAAUAUCAUCUUUGCAGCAACGUUUGCUGCUGUUUUGAUCUGCUCAGUUGUUGCAGCUGCUAUGGCUGCACCGCCUGUUGCAGCGGCUUUGGCAGCUGCAACUUCAAUUCCAUUAGGAUCAAUGGGAAAAUGGUUUGAUUCUCUUUGGAAGAAAUAUGAAGAUGCAUUGAGAGGACAGAAGGAAGUAAUUAGUUCAAUGCAGGUUGGCACUUAUGUUGCAAUCAAAGACUUGGAUAAUAUUCGGGUUCUUGUUGAUCGAUUGGAAGAGGAGCUGAAAUCUUUAUUGGGCAAUGCAGACUUUGCCUUGAAAGAAGAGGAGGCAGUAAAGAUCGGUAUAGAAGAGAUCAAGAAGAAACUGGUGGUGUUUAUGAAAAGUAUCGAGGAUUUGGGGGAAAAUGCUGAUAGGUGUAGCAGGGAUAUAAGACGAGCAAGAACAGUCGUCCUACAGAGGAUUAUCAAACACCCAAACAACUGAAGAAGCAUCUUGGUAUGAUUUACUAAUGACUGUUGUGGUAGGAAUCUUAAUGUUUUCCGCAGAUACUUUUUAUGUUUUGAUUCAGCACUUUUUUUUUUUUUUUUUGAUUCAGCACUGCUUAAAUUAUUUCUCUGAUCCAUUGACUAGGGUCUGUUAUUUAUGAACAAGAAUAAAGAGAAGGUUAGAUGCAUUAGUUGUUCCCCAAGUCCACUCCUGUUUUAAUUACAAUUGUAUUUCUGAUUCACAUAGAGUGCUUGGAAGUCACAGGAUUUUGUGGUGA